GUGUAUUUAAAAGAUCAAAUAUAGCUAAAAUAAAAAAAUUUGGAUAUCAACAGCUAGAGAAAUUUUAUAAUCAACAAGAUAUUAAAAAAUUGAAAAAACUAAAGCUAUUAAGUACUAUUGAACUUGCAGAAUUUGUGCUUCAAGACUUGAUUAGAAGAGGCUUAGUUUUGCAAGACAUUAUAUUAUCAAGACUACAUAAAACAAAAUACAUGUCAUGCACUUUAGUUAUUGAAAGGCUUGUGGACAGUGCUAAAGAAAUAGUUAAAACACAAAAAUAG